AACAUCUUAGACAGAUUCAACCCUUGUGCCAGACAGCUGAUUACAGCAGGGAAGUCCUACCUGAAAGCUUUACACGGGUCAGUGGAAGCAUCAAAGGCUUACAUUGAUACCAUUAGAAAACUCGGACGACAAGCACAGUUUGGAACCUGGGGAGGCUACACAGACAUUGGCACAGCCCUGAUGCAGCUCGUGGAUGUGCAGAAAGAAAUGCAAAACCAGCAGUUAAACAUUGUAAUUAAAAGCUUCUAUGUUGACUUGCUGGUUCCCCUGGAAACGAAUUUAGAAAAGGACACAAAAGUGGUUUUGAGUGAACAAAAAAAGUUUCAACACUCGUAUAAAAAUCAUCAUGAGGCCUACCUUAAGGCUGCUGCUUCUGUAAAAAAACACAAAAAGAAAAAUCGUAGUAGCAGAGGCUCCAACCUAGACAAAGAAAUAAAGCAUAUACAUGCUUUGGAAGAGGAAAAACUGCAGUUGGAAGGAUUUUGUGACACAAGUCUAAAACAGGCUAUAACACAGGAAAGGCGACGUUAUGGUUUCGUGCUUGAACGGCAAUGUUCCUUGAUGAAACAUUACCUGGCAUUUCACCAGAAGGGUCAAACUUUGCUUCAGCACUACCUAACAGAAUGGCAAGAAGUUGUGAACACAAGGGAAAAACUGCCUAAAUCAAUUGAAAAAAUGUUUUCUUCAGAUAUUGAUGUUGAGAUUGGGAACGAGUAUGCUUGUUCCAACAUUUUGAUCCGAUUCCAAGCUGACCAGGAAGAUCGAAUGAGUUGUACAUCUAGAACCAGUCGGUUGAGAAAAACUCGUAGCAUUGAUUCCAGCUGUUUAGAUAUACGGGAGUUGCAUGAUGAUCCCUACCCCACUCCCCUCUCCCGCACUAAAUCUGAUGUCAAUUUAACUUCAUCCAGUGCCAGUUUACAUAAUAAUGACUAUGGCAGUCCACAAUCUUCUAGAAGAUUGCUGGGCACUGAAGACAUACAGUCAGGAAGACAGGAAGUUCAAGCAAUCUAUUCUUAUUUAUCAAGUGGAGAGCAUCAACUGAGUUUUCACGAAGGAGAUAUUCUUGUUUUGAUUGGCCAAAGAAACAAGGGUUGGCAGUAUGGUGAGAACCUACGAAAUCACAGGUGUGGCUGGUUUCCUGUGGCCUACACAACCCCAGUCUGUGACAGAAGUGACACAUCAAGUUCCUCAGAAGGCAAGCGUAGAGCAUCAGACUUCUAUACAGGAGUGACCUCUAGGGAGGAAGUCUCCAACAAUGUGCCUUGUACAAGACCAUUCAGCAGUUCCACCAUGCAUUCAGGAAAAGAAGUUGGAUCUCCACCUCCUGCUGUCUCCAGUGGAAUGAGUACUUUUGGCGAGGGUUUUUACUGUAAGCUGACUGAAAUGUGUAAGACUCCCACUGCUUCAAACUUUCCAGAGAAUCGUGAUGGUUUACACGUUGCUCAAUAUGAAGGACUUACCCUUCGGCCCAUCUGUAGAUCCUUAACGUCUCCUUUCCCCCAGUCUGUACCACCAGCCUCUCCUUCCUCCGUCACUCCAGAAAGUGGAGUGAAGACAACAGCAUUUGGCUCUGAGGAUGUCAAGCAAAACGACAACGUUUUUGGAAGCGUCAAGUUACGAAGGAUCAUGGGAUCAAAAAAAUGUGACAAAGAUCAAUUAUAAGAUUAGCCAUAUUUUAUAAUACUCGUCAGACACAGUUAAUUAUCUGUAUCUUUAUUAAAUGUUAUUAUUAUAAAAAAA